AUGGGAAGUCUACAAGGCCUCAAUAAUCAGCAACUGCCAGUCCAGACUGACACUCACACCAACAAUGGGCGUCAGCGCACCCACCCCUUCGCCCAACCUCUACGUCCUGCUGAAGAACUCAGCUGCAACCGUCGGAUGAUAUACGACAAACGGGUUAUUAUUUUAGUCGACGCGAGCACACACGAGAGCAGCAUAAUCCCGAUGACCAUCAGCGAUCCGAGCAUCAUCACAAGCACUACCGACCGACAAAACAUUACGCUCACUCGGCGCUCUUCGCCUUCCCGGAAAUUGACACGCGUCAAAUACCUCUUCUAUCCGACUCGGCAUAUCUUGUCGCCAAAUUGGCAAGGAUCGCAAAAGGGAGCUUGA